CUGAGGAAAAGAUGUAAAAUGAAAAAGAGUUUUCAAGGUCAUUGAGUCUCAUAGGUUCAGGACUUUAAAGAUUAUCAGUGCCUUGAUAUGCAUCUGGAAAUGAACAAGAACACUUGCAAAGACUUGAACAAGGGAUGAAAAAAGUUUUAUGUACACAUCCAAGUCUUAAGAAGUCAGGAAAAAGAAAACACAAAGCACUUAUAUAAAACAAAUGCGACAUUCAAAACGAAGUCAUUGCUCUGAGUGGGAUGAUAGAAAGAGCUGGGAACAAGGAAAGCACAGUGCUCCCCAUAAACGCAAAAAGAGGUCCCACAGCAGUGUACAAGAAAGCAAACCCUAUAAAUCACAUCAUUUUGAAGUUUCAGACAGUCAUUAUUUGGACGAUAGAUCCAUAAAUGAGAGAGAUCAUCAUGACCGGAGAUAUGUUGAGGAAUACAGAAAUGACUUCUGUGAAGUAUAUGACCACAGGCAUUAUCACAGAGACUAUGAAAAGAGUCACCAUCACCACUAUAGCAAAUCCUCUGGUCGGAGCAGGAAAAGUAGUCAUAAAAGGAAGCAUAAGAGACAUCAUUGCUCCAGUCACCAUUCACAUUCGAAGAGUCACCGAAGGAAAGGAUCCAGGAGUGUAGAGGAUGAUGAGGAGGGUCACCUGGUCUGUGAAAGUGGAGACAUGCUAAGAGCAAGAUAUGAAAUUAUUGCCACGUUAGGGGAAGGGGCAUUUGGAAAAGUAGUGGAAUGCAUUGAUCACAAUAUGAGAGGAAUGCAUGUAGCAGUUAAAAUUGUGAAAAAUGUUAGUAGAUACCGUGAAGCAGCCCGUUCAGAAAUACAGGUAUUGGAGUAUUUAAACACCAUGGAUCCCAGCAGCACGUUCCGCUGUGUCCAGAUGCUGGAAUGGUUUGAUCAUCAUGGUCAUGUUUGCAUUGUGUUUGAGCUUUUGGGACUUAGUACCUAUGACUUUAUUAAAGAAAACAGUUUUUUGCCAUUUCAUAUUAAUGACAUUAGACAGAUGUCAUAUCAGAUUUGCCAGUCUAUAAAUUUUUUACAUCAUAAUAAGUUGACUCAUACAGAUCUGAAGCCUGAAAAUAUUUUGUUUGUGGAGUCUGACUGUGUAGUAAAGUACAACUCUAAAAUGAAGCGGGAUGAACGCACACUAAAAAACACAGACAUCAAAGUUGUAGAUUUUGGAAGCGCAACUUUUGAUAAUGAACAUCACAGUACUUUAGUGUCUACAAGACAUUACAGAGCUCCUGAAGUUAUUUUAGCGCUGGGGUGGUCACAGCCCUGUGAUGUUUGGAGUAUAGGUUGCAUUCUAAUUGAAUAUUACCUUGGUCUUACAGUAUUUCAGACACAUGAUAGUAAAGAACACUUGGCAAUGAUGGAGAGAAUGUUAGGGCCUCUACCAACUCACAUGAUUAAGAAAUCAAGAAAACGCUAUUUUCAGCAUGACCAAUUGGACUGGGAUGAACAUAGUUCUGCAGGUCGAUAUGUUAGGAGACGUUGUAAACCAUUAAAGGAAUUAAUGCAUUGUCAUGACUCAGAUCAUCAGAAUCUAUUUGACCUUAUUCGCAGAAUGUUGGAGUAUGAUCCAGCCAAAAGAAUUACUCUUGAUGAAGCCUUGCAGCAUCCUUUCUUUGAUUUGUUAAAAAAUAAAUAAUUCAGAGAUCUUGUGUUUCUCCUAGGAGACUACAUAGACUGUGUCAGUCAACAGAGCUAGCAUGAGAUUUUUGUAAACUUUAAUUUAUUUUGUACAGUUAAAUUUAAAUAUUUCCAUAUGUUUUGUAUCACAGCCAUGUUUAUCUUGUUGGUCAGUUAUGGUCUUAAUCAUGGAUAUCAAAAAUGUAAAAAUUAAAAGUAAUUU